CGCUGCCUGUAUACAAGGCGCUGGCAGCCAUAGCCGGGCUGCCUGAGGGCUCAGGGGAGGUUACCCCCUUCCAGUGGCUCUGCAGCUCGCCCAGGUGGUCACAGUGGUAUGCAGGAAUUGAAUGAAUUGGAACCACAGCUGCUUGCAUGGGUGCGCUCUAAACCAGACCUCCAAAUGGUGGCGCAGUUGAAGGCCCUGGCAAGACAGCUUAGCCACGUGGUACCAGGUCGAUACCGUCCUCGCUCGUCUGGAGACAGCGAUGCAGGAUCUGCUGAUGAACCAGCUACAUCGGUCAAUGCGGCAGUGGCUGUACUCCGGAGCCUGACACGUGUGAACGGGCGAGAGGACCGCACAAGGGAUAAUGACAUGCGAAGUAGCGCGGUGAGGGAAGUGUACCUGGUGUACACUGCGCACAACUCGGUUCAGAAUGAGGAAUGGGAUGAUCACGUGGAGGGAGAAGGAAAUUCAGCAGAGAAGGAGCCGGGGGGAUUGACACGGGGCAGACGGAGAAGUGUACCUGGUGUGCCCCGCCCACGCGUGAAUCUGGAGCUGCUGGAGGCAAGCCAGAUUGCGAGGCCAGUUGCACUUUUGCGUUGUCAUUCUGAAAAUGCAGUCUCAGAAGCUGCUGAAAAGCUGGCUGCGCAUUGGGCCAAUCAAAUAACAAAGUUCUUUUUCCUUUGUGGGGCGUCGUCUGUUUAGUUUCUUAGAUCAGGCGAUUCGGAGUUGAUUCCAUUUUUUUUGGGGGCCUCUGUAGUCUUGCUUUUACUUCG